ACUACUUCCGGUUUGUAGAGUUGCGGAUGUGAUGCAACUGGCUGUAAGGAUAUUUUCUCAACUUUUUACAAAGUUGUCAUUAACAGUUUCCAUAAACUUUUAUUGUAAUCGCCACUUUGGAUUCAUGCUUUAUUCAUAACAGUUUGUUUAGCUUUUUGUUCGGUUUACCCGUCAGAGAGUGAAAUCUUCUGCGCUUGCUAUCGUUAGCAUACAUUAUUUUUUCCAGGUGGACGCCAGCUAGCAAUAAAAUUUGUUUGAUUUCACUCCUUUCAUUAUCAUUUUUCCUUUUUGUUAGCCACCAGUCCUGUCCACUCGACCUCCAUAUGUGUGUUUUUGAGGCGCUGGGUGUCAACGGAAUUACCCCAACUGUUUUGUCCCGAUUAUUGGAUCCAGUUAUAACAAAUGGCUGCCGCUGCAUCUUCUUCACCAGCUCCUGGCUCCUCUGCAGCCGCUGAAAACACAAGCCCCGGGUCCAGCAGCUCGACUCAGGCUGACGGUGGCAACCAGGACAGCACUUUCGAGUGCAAUAUAUGUUUAGACACGGCCAAGGAUGCCGUGAUCAGCUUGUGUGGACACCUCUUUUGUUGGCCUUGUUUGCAUCAGUGGUUGGAAACCCGACCAAACAGACAAGUAUGUCCAGUGUGUAAAGCUGGUAUCAGCAGGGACAAAGUAAUCCCCUUAUAUGGGAGGGGAAGUACAGGCCAGCAGGAUCCCAGAGAAAGGACACCCCCUCGGCCACAAGGACAAAGACCUGAGCCAGAAAACCGUGGUGGGUUCCAGGGAUUUGGCUUUGGAGAUGGUGGUUUCCAGAUGUCAUUUGGAAUUGGGGCCUUUCCAUUUGGUAUUUUUGCUACAGCUUUCAAUAUUAAUGAUGGACGACCUCCUCCAGCUCCAGGGACACCACAGCACAUGGAUGAACAGUUUCUGUCUCGACUCUUCCUGUUUGUCGCUCUAGUGAUUAUGUUUUGGCUGCUGAUUGCAUAGAUGACUGGAACGAGACUGCACUGUCAAAAGUUUGACAGAGGUGUUUCAUUGUUCUUAGCUCAAACGUUUUACUAUUACAGUAUCACAUUCUUGACCUUUUUCUCUUUGAAUCUCAUCUUACAUUUAAAUAAAGUGGAUAUUCAGUAACACAAAGAUCUGUAAUGAACUAUUACUGUGAAUCAAGUCAUAAAAACUUCCUGUUGCUUCUUAUAUGCAUGCAAUGGUGAGGCAUUGGUGAAUCUACUCGUACUUUUCCCUCACAAGAUUCACAGGCCAACAAAA